AUGCCUUUCUCUUUCGUACCUUAUUUUUGGCCUCCUUUGCCGUGCCUGUGUUCGUUACACAAAAUAGUGCCAGCUAGAAUUGAGCAUUUUGCAGACAGACAAGAUGCCGAUCCGUCACGUAUUGGGCCGCAUGGAAUGCUGCGUUUUUUGACAGAACUCGGACUGGAUGCCGAAGAUCGCAAUGUUUUAAUAUUGGCUUGGAAACUUCGCGCAAAAACGCAGUGUGAAUUUACCUGGCAAGAAUUCAGCACGGGUCUCACUGAAAUGAGAGUAGAUACAUUGGAUAAACUUAAGGCCAAAAUACCGUUGCUAAAUGAUGAACUCAGGAAUCCGCAGAACUUUCGAGAUUUUUAUCAGUUCACAUUUAAUUACGCGCGUGUCUCAUCGCAAAGAACGUUGGGUGAGUGA